GAUGGUUGGGUAACAGCUUCUUCAUGUUAAGGUUAUGAGGGAGGAAAUUGUUCGAAUGAAAUCUCCAAUAAUUAUCAUUUUCUGAUGUUCAAUAAAUUUGUUAGCGUUGCCAACCAACUAAUCCCACAUAUCUUCCCCUCGUCAGAACUCUUCAUUGGCUGAUUUUUGGGCGGGAAAGUGGAGAUGUCGUUGGUGUCCAUAUCUGUAGCGGGGCAAGAGCGGCUUCUAGCUCGACUUUUGCGACGUCCGCUGGGUUGGAGGUGAGUUGGUGAUGGUUGCGUGCUUGAGGGUAUAUAAGGGGAUUGACUUCUCUGCUCAUCAGGUCCAGCAGCACAAUUCACUUCUCUCAAUCUCGAUCUCAUUCUCGAAAGCACUUUCAUCUAUCCUCAACUCACAACCACACGCCAAAACCACCUACCCACCACAUUGCCACCCAAAUGUCUCCAUCAGCCCAAUUCAUCGACCUCCUCAAGGCCCGUCGCACAAUCUACGCCCUCGAGGCUAAAUCCCCCAUCCCCGACGCCAAAAUUCAAGAGAUUGUCGAACAAAUCAUCCUUCACACUCCUUCCUCCUUCAACUCUCAAAGUACCCGAGUCGUCUUGUUGUUCAAGGAAGAACACGAGAAGCUUUGGGAUAUUGCCAAGGAUGCUUUGAAGGCUGUUGUUCCAGAGGCACAAUUUGAGGCUACUGCUCAAAGAGUUGCUGGAUUCAGAGCUGGUUAUGGUUCUGUAUGUUCUGAGGAUUUCUUUCUUUUGUCUACUUUCUAUUCUGAAUUUCCACUAUGAUCAUUCGAUUGGGAAGAAUCGUAUACUAACAGACUAAAUCACAGAUCCUCUUCUUCGAGGACCGAAGUGUCGUCUCCAAAAUGCAAGCCGGCUUCGCAACCUACGCCGACAAAUUCCCAGGCUGGGCCGCCCAGAGUGAUGCCAUGACUCAACAUGCUAUCUGGGUCGCUCUCGCGGCCGAAGGUCUCGGAGCCAACUUACAACAUUAUUCUCCAUUGAUCGAUGCUAAGGUUGCGGAACAGUGGAAGAUUCCUGCUGAUUGGGAAUUGAAUGCUCAGCUCGUUUUUGGUACGCCGGUUGCAGCGGCUGGCGAGAAGACGUUUGCGCCGCUUGAGGAGAGAUUUAAGGUUUUUGGUGCUUAGAUAUGGGGAAGGUACAUGUGAGAGGAUGGGGAAGGGAAGAUUAGCAGCCAGAAGAGGAGAAUUGUCGAUGCGUGCAUUAUAUGGUGGGAAAUAGAAGACUAUACAUGAUAGAGCAGAAUUGAUACGCGAUCAAACACUAGAUGUUUCCAUAUAAUUAAAUGACCUUCCUAUG